CGCCCUAUAUAAAUCGGCCAUUUGUUUCGCUCCGCCCCAGAGUCCCGGAGUCCCAGCCGGUUCCUACCGCAGUCCCGCAGUUGGCCGUCUCAUUCCUUUCAACAUGACAGAUGCCGCUGUGUCCUUCGCCAAGGACUUCCUGGCGGGUGGAGUGGCCGCGGCCAUCUCCAAGACGGCGGUAGCGCCCAUAGAGCGGGUCAAGCUGCUGCUGCAGGUGCAGCAUGCCAGCAAGCAAAUCACUGCGGAUAAGCAAUACAAGGGCAUUAUAGACUGCGUGGUUCGUAUCCCCAAGGAGCAGGGAGUCCUGUCCUUCUGGCGCGGUAACCUGGCCAAUGUCAUCAGAUACUUCCCCACCCAGGCUCUCAACUUCGCCUUCAAAGAUAAGUACAAGCAGAUCUUCCUGGGUGGCGUGGACAAGAGAACCCAGUUUUGGCGCUACUUUGCCGGGAAUCUGGCAUCGGGUGGUGCAGCUGGAGCCACGUCCUUGUGCUUUGUGUAUCCUCUUGAUUUUGCCCGUACCCGCCUAGCAGCCGAUGUGGGCAAAGCCGGAGCUGAAAGGGAAUUCAGAGGCCUUGGUGACUGCCUGGUUAAGAUCUACAAAUCUGAUGGCAUUAGGGGCCUGUACCAAGGCUUCAAUGUGUCUGUGCAGGGUAUUAUCAUCUACCGAGCCGCCUACUUCGGUAUCUAUGACACCGCCAAGGGAAUGCUUCCAGACCCCAAGAAUACUCACAUCUUCAUCAGCUGGAUGAUCGCACAGUCUGUCACAGCGGUUGCUGGGUUGACUUCCUAUCCAUUUGACACUGUUCGCCGCCGAAUGAUGAUGCAGUCUGGGCGCAAAGGGACUGACAUCAUGUACACAGGCACAGUGGAUUGCUGGAGGAAGAUCGCACGCGAUGAAGGCGCCAAAGCGUUUUUCAAGGGGGCGUGGUCCAAUGUUCUCCGCGGCAUGGGUGGUGCUUUCGUGCUGGUCUUGUACGAUGAAAUCAAGAAGUUCACAUAAGUUAUUUCGGAGCCUUCUCCCCCUCCCCCCCCCCCCCGCCCCGGAACAGGCAUGUUGUAUGAUAGAACAUAUCCUGAGCAUUCUUGACAGACUGUUGGCUGUCUGUUUAUCGAUGGCAACUUUCACUGGUUAAACGGGAAGCAAUAAUACAUGAGCAGUUUUCUCUUAAAGCCAUUUCCACGAUGAUGGGACUCAAUUAUAUUUUUUAUUUCAGUAACUCCUGAUAAAUUUGAAGAAAUAAAAAAUAUCUGAAAUA